CGUUAUCAGUUUCGACUGCUCAGUCGAUCUCAGAUUUUAAUCGAGACCUAUACUUUGAAUAAAAAACUAUAAAAUAAUAUUAAAAACGUAUUAAAAUUAUUAACAAAAAGUAGUUAUAUUUUUUCGGCCUUUAAUAAACUUGUCAAACAUUCUGUUAUCCCAUGAAUGAUAAUGAGGAACGAGAACAUCCCGCGUUUUUGCCUUGCGAUAAGUGAUAAGGCCCGGGAAGUAAAGUACAAAUUUCGCCUUUUUUUCUGUGUUCAAAGUCCGUUUUAAAAGUUAAUUUAAAAUAAAAUGGCUAGCGAUAUGAGUGAAAAUCCUUGGACGGAAGAGCUGUCAGUCUUGAUACUUUCGACAAACACAUUUUGCCAAAAGCUCAAGCAGGCGAUGACAUAUGCUUCAAAGAAGCUGUACAACAAGGAAAUAAAGCUCAAACUGGCUGAAGAUGUUGAGAGCAUAUGUUUAUCACCUCAGCCGGACACGUUUGUAGACUAUGUGGCUGUCGUUGUUGAUACUACGAUGCCUAAUGGCUCAGAAUUUUGUAAGGAAAAACUACGCCUUUUAGAACCGAAUUACUUGUCCACUCGCAUUUGCCUUGUGAAUGGUUCUUGCAGCACUGGCCCUCUUCCCGUUGCAAAAAAACUGGUCAAAUUGGCCGAUGAAUAUAAUAUUCCUUUUAUUAAUGGUGAAAUAAUGGACAAUAAUAGCUGCAAAUUAACAGGCGAAAGGAUUCUGAAGAUGGCUGUAAUAUCUACUGGUUUUCAAACGGGCAUUCCAGUUCUCAUACCGACUCCCAAGGAUUUGGAGCUUAUAAGUUAGAUUUUUGAAUGAUUUAAUUUAAAAUAUUUAUUUAAUUAAUAUUAAAAUCACUAUAAUUUAUGUGAUUUCGCCAAGAAUUAUAUAUUUAUAUCUGUUAAAAAAAUAAAUAAAGCUUUCUGUUCCUACAGCAAAACAGUACUGAAUACUCGUAUUUAUAUAAAUAGGAAAUGCAUUUAAAAAAAA